AUGUCAUCGUGGGGCAAAGGCUCAAAUUGGCCGCCCUUGGAGGCCGGAAAGGGCCAUGCGGGCCAUGCCCGUGGCGAGCCCGGCUAUGGCUACGACAGCUACGAGGGCUACCGAAACGAUGUUCCGGAGCCGGCUACGUCAUCAACAGUCCCGUGGCCCCCACAGGAUCCGGAAUGGUGGGCGGACUUAGCCAGCCAACUCCCAGCGGCUUGGGGCAACGGCGCCUUCGACACAGCCAGGGUGAAAGGCCUCGAGGAGAAGCUGUCUCCUGAGUACCACGAGGUCUCCGCAAACUUGCUAUCCUGCAAAAGAGGUAGUUUAAUGUAG